AUGGCUGACGUUGACGCCACUAUUCUUCCUCUUGAAGGCUUCCCUCUAAUAAUAUUCGUCGUAUCAAUCGUCUGUUUUUCUAUCUCAGCAAUCACUGUAGCAUUGAGAACAUAUGUCCGAAUUCAUGAGAAAGUAUUUGGUUGGGACGAUAAGUUGAUAUUACUUGGAUUGAUCGUUUUCGGCAUCGAUGUCGGCCUGGCUUGUCAGGGCACGCGAGUCGGUCUCGGUUCACACAACGACAGACUCAAUACUUACUUCGCGGUACAAGGCACGAAAUACCUAAUGCUCUGGAUGAUGAUCUACGUCGUAGGACUGUUAAUUAUCAAAAGCUCCAUCUGCGUGACUCUCUUGCGUAUCGCCAGCGCGCAGAGAAUAUACCGGCUAUUUGUAUUGGGCUUGCUUGGCCUCACUAUUUCCACUUUCUUGGUGACUCUGAUCGGAAUCCUACUUCUGUGUAGACCUGUGGCUGCAAACUGGGAUACGUCACUGAUAGCGGAAGGAAAAGGAACAUGUUCGGGCAUGAGCUCAAUGAUUGCAUUGAGUUAUACCUCGACAGCCUCUACCAUCUUGACCGACAUGGCUUGCGCGGUAUUUCCUGGUGUGAUGCUGUAUAGGACGCAGAUGCCAUUGAGCAGGAAGAUAUCUGUGGGCUUGCUUUUGUCCUUUGCUUCUGUUGCUUCAAUAUCCACUAUGAUCCGAGCACCGUACAUCGAACACUAUUGGAACCCCACAGAUAACUUACUCUAUUACACUGGAUUCAUUGUUCUCCUAUCCAAUAUAGAAACCGCCAUUGGCUGCGUAGCGAGCUCAAUCCCUGCAGUCGGACGAUUUCUUCAUCGCAACAGCAAGAAAGGCGCCAGCUCGAAGCCGCGUGGUCCCAAAGAUAUCGUGACAUUUGGUAGCGCACCGAUCAGUGGCCGACAGAAUUCCAAAGCUCGAGUCUUCCACAACCCUACCGACACCGGCACGACAUUCGCCACCGUGCACGCACAUGGAGAUGGAGAUUGGAGCAGACUGCACGAUGGCAAUUCCGAGCACAGUUCGGAUCUAGAUGCUGCGCAUGGGAUUCGCACAGAUCAUACUUACCAGGUGGAAUUGUCGAAGUCGCCAAAACAUAUGCAAUCAGAAUCGGUCAGAGAGUUGGCUCAUGAUGGAUCUUCAUGUUAG